AUGAAUGGGACUCUAGAUCCAGAAGCUGGAAAUAAAAUCACAGGUUUCGCUGCCGCCGCCGCCACCGAUGAGCCGGCCAAGACCAACACAAACGCCGCGACAGCUGAAGCCGACGACGCUGAUGCGUCACAGAGCAGCAGCAACAGCAGUGUACAAGAAAAGCUAGGCCCAUCCACCAUUUCCACCAGCGACAUGUACAUGUGGAAGCAGCUGGAGCUCGAAAAGUCCAAGUAUCCGGGGGCGAGCACCUGGGCACCGGACGAGGAGCGUCUGUUUGAGCUGCUCUUCUUCCGCCAGGAUCUGCCCAUCCUGCCUUCGCACUGGGGGAUGGACCUCAGCAACGUUCCAAUUUCCGAGGCCAACUUUGCCGACGCCGAGCACUCUCCCGUCGUGUACGCCCACUCCAAAGACUUUCUAGGAAAACCCCCAAAAGCUACGAACGCACUGGUCCGCCUCAUAGAACUCACCGCCGCCGUCCGCACCACCAGCGAGUCGGGCCUGCACCACCGCGUGCCCGGCAUGGUCAAGGACGGGCUGGACCGGUUCCUCGCCUGGGCCGCCGAGGACGGCGGCUACCUCCACCGCCGCGUCGUGCCCAACGUCAUCACUGAGGUCGUCGACACCGCCAUGCCGGAGCGCGCUAUCACCGAGCUCCUGCAGGGCCGCAUGCGCGCCCUGGCCCGCCUGCAGCGCGAGUUCCUCCGCGAGGACCGCGACCCCAACUUUUGGCGCAACAACAACACCAAGACGCUGGGCGGCGGCGGCGAUGACUACGCGGAAGAGGGAUGGGGCCGUGGCAUCCUACAGCAGGGAUACCUGUCGCCGCGGCGCACCAGGCUUGUCAACAAGCUGCGCCGCCGGAGAGCAGGCCGCACCGGCAAGCAGCCGCGACUGGGCGACAACAGCAACUCGACCGAGGAUGAGCUCACCCGGGGCACGCCGCCGCACCACGACGUGGCGGCGGCGCCUACACCACGACGCCGCACGUUUGCCAGCGGCGCCGACGACGACGACCUGGACGAGCUGAGCACUUCCCCCGUCAAGUACCGCCGCCCGCCCCCCGUCGUGUACGGCUUCUUCAUCCUCGACAGCUCCGUCUUCAUCCUGACGGCGGACGCGUCGCUCGGCGACCAGGCGUACGUCAGCUUCCACGUCGAGGCCGACUUCAUGGAGCACCGCCAGAGCGUCUGGAACGCGCUGACGCUGGCCAUGGUCGCCUGCCUGGCGCGCGACGAGAUGCGCGAGCGCGCCGACGACUUUGAGCCGCAGCCGGAGGAGGAAGACAGCGAUCCGGAUCUGUAG